AUGAAGUGGGAGGACGAUGGCUAUGCGCGCAGAGACGAUGAUGGGAGACCGGUGACGUUUGAGGAGUAUCAAAAGAAAUCCUCGGAUACUGCUACCAAGAAGAAUAGGUGGAACUUGACCAAGGGCGACCUCAAGAUGUUUGCCAUCACUGGCGUUGGCUUCUUCCUUGAUUCUUAUGAUCUGUUCAUCAUUAACCUGGUGACGCCAGUCUGGCUUUACGAAUACUGGGGAGGGCUGGAUGGUCGUAAACCUCAUUAUCCGCCUCUCCUCCGAGGUCUCGUCAAUGCUGGUUCCAACAUCGGCAACAUCAUCGGACAGCUGACAUUCGGCUUUCUCGGAGACGUUUUUGGUCGAAAAUUCGUCUACGGAAAGGAGCUAAUCGUCGUGAUAAUUGGCACUAUCCUCACCAUCAGCUUGCCCAACGACAUACCAACACCAACGUUGAAGAUGAUUUGGCUCUUUUGUUUUCGAAUACUUAUGGGCGUGGGUAUCGGUGGCGAUUAUCCCAUGUCCGCAUCCAUCGUGUCAGAGAGGUCCCUGCUGCCAAAGCGUGGCCAACUGUUGGGAUGGAUCUUUUCUAACCAGGGUUGGGGCACGCUCACAGGUUCCAUUGCGACAAUCAUCAUUCUCGCGUCGUUCAGCCACGCCCUGGGUGCAGAAGGACACUACGGCCAAUUAGAUGCUGUUUGGCGAAUCCAGAUGGGCCUUGGCCUUGUUCCGGCUUUCGCCACACUUUACUUUCGUCUUACAAUGCCCGAAGGUAGGAAGUACCUGCAAUCUCGCGAACUGAACGGUCACUCGGCCGCGCCGAAUUCCAAUGGAGCCAAAAACCACGACAAUUCAAAGCCUGCGCAGGACCCGGAGUUCGACUCACUCGGCAACCCGAGUGUCUCAAUGGGUGUCGGGCCUUUUUCUUCUAUCGAUACGACGACCGCGGCCGACGAAAACAAACUCACCUCCACGUCCAGCACCGAAGGUCGCACGAAAUACAAGGCUUUCUUUGUUCACUUCAGCAAAUGGAAGCACCUCAAGGUCCUCCUGGGAACGACAUCCACAUGGUUCCUGCUCGACGUGGCAUUCUAUGGCACGAACUUGAACCAAUCCGUUCUGCUCGAUGAGAUUGGCUUCAACACCGGCAAGAAUGAGUACGACCUGCUGAUGCGGAACGCAAUUGGGAACCUGAUCAUUGCCGUCGCCGGCUACGUUCCCGGAUACUUCUUUACCAUUUACUUUAUCGAGAAGCUCGGCAGGCGCUGGAUCCAGAUCCAAGGGUUCCUGAUCGUUGCGUUGAUGUUUGCCAUCAUAGCUGGCGAUUAUGACCAUCUUGGGACUGCGGGAAAAUUCGUCUGCUUCGCUUUCGCCCAGUUCUUCUUCAACUUCGGUCCCAACUCCACGACAUUCAUUAUCCCGGCUGAAGUCUAUCCUUCACGGGUGCGUGGGCUGGCGCACGGCACCAGUGCCGCCGUGGGAAAACUGGGCGCCAUCCUGUCCGCACUGCUGUUCAACUAUCUCAGCGGGCCGAAUAUCAUCGGGCUCGCCAACGUCCUAUGGGUGUUUUUCGCCUGCAAUGUCUUGGGCGCCAUCAUUACCUUCUUCACCAUCCCCGAGACCAGGAACAAGGACGCCGAUGUGAUGGACUAUGAGGAGUGGAAGGAGAGACAAGCGAAACUGUACCCCGAAGAUGCCUGA